AUGUCAACAGCAACAUCUCCAGGAAGUGGCGCCAACGCCGGCAGCAGUCAUGCCCAGUUCUGGGAAGACUUCUGGGACACCCUCUACCAGUUCACACACCCCUUCUCUUCUACCUUUUUCGACACCGUCCUCUCCCAGGAUUCUUCCUCCUCAUCCUCCUCACAACAACAGGAGCAACAGCAACAACAGCAACAGCCUCCAACCGCAGAUAAGCCUUCGUCGAGUCGAUUCUUUAAAGACGAGGCCUCCUUUCAAAAGUUCUGGCAAGGAUUGCAAACCGGGUCAACCGACGGCAACCCCAGCAGUGGCUCUCUGGUGGACCAUCUCCAGACGGCCUGGGUUGACUUCAAAUCUGCCUCGUCGGGCUUUAUCCAAGCCGUCGAGUGGCAACAGACAUGGAUCCAGAUGGUGCUGGCGAUGCACUUGAUCCUCUUUAUCAUCAUCGUCUCUCUCCGGAAUCGUCCCAACCCCUUGGCCGCCAUGCUCUUCUGCACAAUCCUCCUGGCGGCACUGUCAGAGCCAUUGAACGGUAUAGGAAGCCGGCAUUGGCAACUCUUCGCGGACGACAACUAUUUUGACUCCCAUGGCGUUUUUACCAGCCUUGUCUGGGCUUGUCCCCUUCUCGCGAACGCCAUGGUAGCAACUAUGCUGCUGUUGAGGGUAACGGCCAAGUUGCUGGUCAAGGUCAAGAAGGCACAACUCGAGGAUAGCAAGAAGAAGAAACAGAAAUAA